AUGGAUCCAGGCGAUAUGAGUCCCGAGGUCAAAAGUCUUGUUGAGGGCGCAAUUUCUGGAUUGCAAGAAAGCGUCGGAAUAGCAUCAGCGUCAACUCCGGCGUUGAAUGUUGCUGUGUCUUGGCCAAUGGUCCUCAGCAGUGGAUUCAUGGCCCUGUUGGAAGCCCAGCACCCAGCAGCUUUGGUUGUGCUCGCACACUACUGCACUGUUCUUCACGAGGGUGGGCUUCAUUUCUGGUUCAUGAAAGAUUGGGGAAGUCAUCUCAUCAGCGCCAUCUUGAGAUCGCUUGCUCCGAAGUGGCACGAGCUGAUCGACUGGCCUGUACACUACAUCAAUGCGGACACCCCUAAUCAUAACGAGGAUGCUGCACAGGAUAGUUUCGGAUGGGUUUAA